GAGUUCGUGAAAAAAUUUUAGCUCGUCUCGUAUCCGUUCGUUACCUUUUCCAUCAGCUGACUAAUUUGCGGACUAUAUUGCUUGACAAGUUUGACACAGUUUAACGUUGUUUAGUCAUCAAUAUCGAAUAAUAAUUUUUCAAACGUAAACAGCAAUUAAAGCAUACACAAAACUAUGUUUGAAUUAAAGAUUUACGGAAGCAGCAAGGGAAUUUCAACGAUCCUGAGCCAUGAACGGGGCCUGGAGUACGACGAAAUUUGUAAACAACUAGAGGAUAAGGCUCUAGCAAAGGGUACAUAUUACAUCGAACAAAAUGGUCGUUUGGUAUCUGAGAAGCAUGUCGGAUUACUGGAGGGCCGAGCAACGCUAUUUCCAAGGAUUUUGGGAGGAAAGGGUGGUUUUGGUUCUAUGUUAAGAGCAAUAGGAGCUCAGAUAGAAAAAACAACAAAUCGUGAAGCUUGUAGAGACUUGAGUGGACGUCGUUUGCGAGACAUAAACGAAGAGAAAAGGUUAAAAGCUUGGAUCGAGAAGCAAGAGUCGCGAGAGGAGGAGGAGGUUGCCCGAAAGAAGAGGAAGUUGGAAAAGCUUUGCGCCGUACCGAAGCAUGAGUUCUCAGACAAAAAGUAUGAAGAGGAGCGUUCCGCUCUGACCGAUAGAGUCGGAGAUGCUGUAGAGGAAGGAAUUAAAAUGGCCGCAGCUGCGGCUGAAGCUGAAGAAGUGGAGAAACGAGAAAAACUUGUGGCUAAAAGAGUAGGAAGAAAAACGAUUUUGGACGACGAAUUCAAUUCGGACGAAUUGGACAGCUCUGAUGACAGCGACGAUUCCGAUGACUGCGGUCGAUCGAAAAAAAUCAUCACAGAGAAAAAAACUUCAUCCGAGUGUAGCAGCUCUAGCGACGAAUCACGUUCAAUUGCAGCAGGAUCCAGCAAAAGUUCGGAUGACAAUUCACAGCCGUCCAUUCCUGAAGCUCCGCCAAUUAAUGAGAAUAUUACGAAAAGCUCUACAAAGCAGCUAACUGCGUGAAAGCCCAGGCGGUUUUUGUUCAAUUUAAAUAAAAUUUCAUCAGCAAUGUUUGAACGCAUCUUUGCAGCCAAAUUUUUGUUUCAAUAUUCAGCUUUAGUCUCCAAUAAUUUUUGACGUUAACUAUGCAUAAAACUUAGUGCAUGAAGACGAAACAAUAAUUUAACGUAUGAACAGAAAAUCCUCUUCAGUCUCGUGCGAUGAGUUCGUUCGUUUUUUUCUGAAUAGACUGUUUCAACAUUUUAUCAUGUUCAAGCAUUUCUUCCGAAGAUCAGGAAUCAUUGCCAAUGUUUGUUUCGUAACUUCUUGGUCAAGUCCUAAAAUUGAUUUUUAGAAAGAGCCAAUAAUCCAAAAUAUCCACAAAAAUGUCUGAAUUUUUGCACGUUUUAGUAGUAUCGCUAAAAGUACUUGGACCAAUCGAAAAAGAUUUUGGCUGUUAUGUGACAAGUUCUCAAUACGUGAGAAUACGAAUAACAGUUCAGUUUGAAGUUUAUCCCAAUUUUAUUGCGAUAGAGAGUAAUUCAAGGAGAAACAUUAAUUGCCGAUUUAACGAUCAUAUGUAAUUCGAUUUGACGGGCUAAGUGCGCCGGUGAACGAGCAAAGCAGGAAAAGAGUUUAUAGCUCUCGAGCUCAUGCGUUGUUCGUUUGUUACGGAGAUAAGAAAAAAAAAAAGAGAACAAAAAAUACACGCUCUUGCGAAUCAAGUAUAAUUUGUAGUCGUAGCCAAACGGGUUUUGUACUCUGUACCGAAAACAAUAUACGACAUUCAUUUAAAUAUUUAUUUUUCGCAUUGAAAUGGAAAAGUUUACAUUUUUUUGUGUUCACGUAUUGUUAAGCCUCUUCGUUGUUUCUAGAUCGCAUGGUAAGGCCCAAUAUCAUCGCUGCUCUUCAGGCAGAGCUCGAUCGAACUGCACCUAAGGCAAUUCGUCGAUCCUCUUUUAACACUUUUCAUUUAUUCCCUUUUUACUGUUCUUCUCUGUAAAAUACACAGGAAUAUCGAAUAAUUUAUAGUCAAAAGGCAAAAUUCAUGAAAAAGUGAUAAUUUUAAACAUCAAAAUAUGGAAAACAUAAACUGCGCUCCAAUGUGAUCACGAAUCUUGUGUAACAACUGGGAUAAAUAAAGUAAACAAAGCUCAAAGCCCGAUGGAAA